GACAUGAAAGCAAGUUUUGAAAUCCUGCCACCAGGCCUUCCUUGAGAGGUGGAGUGACACAGAGGGAGGGAGAGACUGACAUCUUCUAUGUGCUGGUUCUCUCCCCGAAUGUCCAUAACAGUCAUGGCUGGGUCAAGCUGAAGCCAAAACCAGGAACUCCAUUUGGGUCCCAGGAAAGCAACUAAUUGAACCAUCAUCUGUUGCCUCCCAGCAGAAUGGAAGUGAGGAAAGGAACUCAGCCGAUGCAGGAGCCGGAGUGAGAGCAGCGGACUCGCACGCCCCAGCCCGCACCAUGAAUUCGUGUCUCCCUUCUACGCGCUAGGAGCCAAGGGCAGGUGAAGCUGUAGAGAGCAAUGGCUCUCUUCACUCCGUGGAAGCUGUCCUCGCAGAAGCUGGGCUUCUUCCUGGUGACUUUUGGCUUCAUUUGGGGUAUGAUGCUCCUGCAUUUUACCAUCCAGCAGCGAACACAGCCUGAGAGCAGCUCCAUGCUGCGUGAACAGAUCCUGGACCUCAGCAAAAGGUACAUCAAGGCACUGGCAGAAGAGAACAGGAACGUGGUGGACGGGCCGUACGCUGGCGUCAUGACGGCUUAUGAUCUGAAGAAAACUCUUGCUGUGUUACUGGACAAUAUCUUGCAGCGCAUUGGGAAACUGGAGUCGAAGGUGGACAAUCUUGUCAUCAAUGGCACAGGAACAAACUCCAGCAACUCCACAACAGCUGUCCCCAGCUUGGUAGCACUUGAGAAAAUUAAUGUGGCAGAUAUCAUUAAUGGAGCUCAAGAAAAAUGUGUAUUGCCUCCUAUGGAUGGCUACCCCCACUGCGAAGGGAAGAUCAAGUGGAUGAAAGAUAUGUGGCGUUCAGAUCCCUGCUACGCAGACUACGGAGUGGAUGGAUCCACCUGCUCUUUCUUUAUUUACCUCAGUGAGGUUGAAAAUUGGUGUCCUCAUUUACCUUGGAGAGCAAAAAAUCCCUAUGAAGAAGCUGAUCAUAAUUCAUUGGCAGAAAUUCGGACGGAUUUUAACAUUCUCUACAGUAUGAUGAAAAAGCACGAAGAGUUCCGAUGGAUGAGGCUGCGGAUCCGGCGCAUGGCUGACGCGUGGAUCCAAGCGAUCAGAUCGCUGGCGGAAAAGCAGAAUCUUGAAAAGAGAAAGCGGAAGAAAGUCCUGGUUCACCUGGGCCUCCUGACCAAGGAAUCUGGAUUUAAGAUCGCAGAGACAGCAUUCAGCGGUGGUCCUCUUGGUGAAUUAGUUCAGUGGAGUGAUUUAAUUACAUCCCUGUACUUACUGGGCCAUGACAUUAGGAUUUCAGCUUCACUGGCUGAGCUCAAGGAAAUAAUGAAGAAGGUUGUAGGAAACCGGUCUGGCUGCCCGACUGUAGGAGACAGAAUUGUGGAGCUCAUUUAUAUUGACAUUGUGGGACUCGCCCAGUUCAAGAAAACCCUUGGACCGUCCUGGGUUCAUUACCAGUGCAUGCUCCGAGUCCUGGAUUCCUUUGGCACAGAACCAGAGUUUAAUCAUGCUAACUAUGCCCAGUCCAAAGGCCACAAGACCCCUUGGGGGAAGUGGAAUCUGAACCCUCAGCAGUUCUAUACCAUGUUCCCUCAUACCCCAGACAACAGCUUCCUGGGGUUUGUGGUGGAACAGCACCUCAACUCCAGCGACAUCCACCACAUUAAUGAGAUCAAAAGGCAGAACCAGUCCCUUGUGUAUGGCAAAGUGGACAGCUUCUGGAAGAAUAAGAAGUUCUACUUGGACAUAAUUCACACGUACAUGGAGGUGCACGCGACUGUUUAUGGCUCCAGUACCAAGAAUAUUCCCAGUUACGUGAAAAACCACGGCAUCCUCAGUGGACGGGACCUGCAGUUUCUUCUCCGGGAGACCAAGUUGUUUGUUGGACUUGGGUUCCCGUAUGAGGGCCCGGCUCCCUUGGAGGCCAUUGCAAAUGGAUGUGCUUUUCUGAACCCCAAGUUCAACCCGCCCAAAAGCAGCAAAAACACAGACUUUUUCAUCGGCAAGCCGACGCUGAGAGAGCUGACGUCCCAGCAUCCUUAUGCUGAAGUCUUCAUCGGCCGACCGCACGUUUGGACUGUGGACCUCGGCCACCGGGAGGAAGUGGAAGAUGCAGUGAAAGCGAUUUUAAAUCAGAAGAUUGAGCCGUACAUGCCAUAUGAGUUCACGUGUGAGGGAAUGCUCCAGAGAAUCAACGCUUUCAUCGAGAAGCAGGACUUCUGUCAUGGGCAAGUGAUGUGGCCGCCCCUCAGUGCACUGCAGGUGAAGCUAGCUGAGCCCGGGCAAUCCUGCAAGCAAGUGUGCCAGGAGAACCAGCUCAUCUGCGAGCCGUCCUUCUUCCAGCACCUCAACAAGAACAAGGAUGUGCUCAAGUACGAGGUGAGCUGCCAAAGCUCAGAACUGGCCAAGGAUAUCCUGGUUCCGUCCUUCGACCCCAAGAACAAGCACUGUGUGUUCCAGGGGGAUCUGUUGCUCUUCAGCUGCGCUGGCGCCCACCCCAGGCACCAGAGGAUCUGCCCGUGCCGGGACUUCAUCAAGGGCCAGGUGGCGCUGUGUAAAGACUGUCUAUAGCAGCCACUGGUUCGGGCUGUGCUCAUCCUAUGGGGAAAGCGGCCACGCUGGCCCCGUUGUGGGCGGGGCCGGGAGGCCCAAGUCAUUCAGGGACUCUGGCCAGAGCCUGAACUGUUUGAUCAAAGGUUUUGAUUGGGUUUUGCUCCUGCUGGGGACGGAGCAUCCCAGAGGAGCUUUCCACCGAAACAGAACGGGAGAGCAGUGGCCCGGCCGGGAGCCUGGCUGAUCCCUGUACAAUGAAUGCCCCGUUUCUAUUUCUUGUGGAGCACCUGUUGGGGGGGGGACUGUUGGUACAGCUGCCCCAGGGUAAAGAGAAAGCCUCAAGAUUGGUUUCAAAUGAAAUAGGAAGAAUGGAGCCAACUGGAAAGAACUUUUGUCCUAUUCCUAACCCAUUAAC